AUGAGGAAGAAGCUAUCUGAGUGGGAAAAAGGUCGGGACUCCGUGGCAGAUUUUCUAAAAUCUGACUCAGAAGACAUUGUCCUUGUUCCAAAUGUCACAACAGGUAUUCAUUCCAUUUUGAUGUCAAUUCCGUUAAAGUGUGGAGACGCCAUCCUUGUCACCAACCAGGCAUUUCAGGCCACCAACAACUCUUGCGCACAGAUUUUGCAUCAUAAAGGUGUGCAGACUAAGGUAGUUAACAUUACUCUACCUAUCCAGGAUACAGCCCAAGUGCUCAACAUGUACAGAGAGGCGCUGGACAAUGAUCAAAACAUCCAGGCUGUCGUCAUAGAUUACAUAUCUUGUGCAUGUGCAAUACAGCUUCCGGUAACAGAGAUCGUACAGUUAUGUCAACAGUACAAUACUAUAACCGUUAUAGACUGCGCCCAUGCUCCUGGACAAAUUCCACUGAAACUUGAAGAUAUGGAAGCUGACUUUCUUACAGGAAAUUUCCAUAAAUGGAUGUUUGCUCCAUGGGGGUGUGCCUUUGUGUGGAAGAAUAAAAAGGUCACUUUCCCAUUGAGAUCGCUCACGAGUUCCUCUUCAAAAGAUGAUCUUGAACUACAAUUUUGUCUACAAGGCACAAGGGACGACAGCUGUUACAACUCUUUGUCUGCCGCUGUAGAGUACAUUAAGAACAAAGGAGGCCAUGAGCGAAUAUCGGAAUACAACAAAAGACUUUUAGAAAUGGCGUCAAACUAUUUAGUAUCGUUGUGGCAGACGUGUAAACUACCAAUUCCGUCCUCCAUGGAGCCGCCAUUUCUCAGAAUGAUACGUCUCCCAAAAAUCGAUAACUUCGGGACCUCGCAGGAAGAUGCUAAUUUACUGAUGGACCAAAUGUAUAAUGACCACCAUAUAGACGUCUGUCUGAAGUCCGUUAACAGCCAUCUGUACGUUCGUCUGUCAGUCCAUAUCUACAACUGUCUGGAUGAUUAUAAGAAAUUUGGAGAGUUGAUUAUGUCACUGGCGGUGAAUGGGAGAACUAAGAAUCUAGGAUAG